AUGCAUCAACAGUCCCGCUAUCCUCCGAGGUCCUCCUCACCCGCAAACUCUCCACAGACAAACCCAACCAGGACGAACAACUCUAGGGACGCUUCAGGGACAAGCUCUCGGUCCCGAGCCAGCUCAAGUGCAACCGGUCCCGAUAUCUCUGGCGUCGAGAUGGGCGACUCGGCGUCUGGCCCCAGUCGGGACUCAGUCAAGAAACUGGACCAAAUAGUUCAGGUGCGCAAUAUCAAGCCUAUACUUUCGACCUGUGUGGUCAUUGCACAAUAUAAACUUACACGAAUUGUUUGCCAGAAUUUCUAUAACAAAGCCGCCGUCCUAAUCAUCCAGGCCAGACUCAACACUACUCCAAUAAUUGCAGCCGCUUCAGGCAGAGGCACAAGCAAGACGAACAAAUGGUUUCAAAUAGAGACAGAUGAGAUGGAUGACUUCAGGGAGGAUCUGAGGAUAUGGAGGACCUGCGGCAGCUUUGAAAACAAGCCGCCGCCCAUGAUCAUCGAGACUUAUCUAGACGCAUCAUGUCUGUCCCCUACACAAAGCUUGGUUGUCGUCGGUGAGAACGGUAAGAUGUAUGACGUCCUGGAAGCCCUCAAUUCCAGUGACUCCUCCAGCGACGUCAGCUCUUCCAGUAGGUCUCGCAAACGAAACACUGAGGUCGUCCUUGAAAGAUGGAAGAUCGAACUGAAGUACAGUCAGAACCCUGACGACAUCCCCGACUUUGGCCCCGUGCUGCCCACAAUAUAUAAGAGGGCCAUAGUCUUCUUCAGGUCACUGUUUAGCAUGUUGAGAUUGGUGGCCACAUGGAAGGUCCUGCAAAAGCAGCCGUCUACGGCGAGAGGCGGCCAUUCGGCUUUGCAACUGCACUGCCGCUUCGUCUUCAAAGAGCCAGAUACUGCCGGUGUCGACCUGCUACGACAGCCCCUGAGUCCACAGCACGAUGGGCGGGAUGCUGUGACCGACUACGUUUUUGGUGAUCUUGAGGUCCCAGUCGGGAGGUUUUACGCCUCGGUCACAUCCCGGAACGAGCGCAAUUUUCGCGUCGACGACACUGAUGUCACAGCAGGUUCUCGUUUCAUGGCACACGAUGACAACUUGUUCCAGCCCACACUGCCGCAGAGGCAUUCCGGUCGCAGAGACUCCUUUACGGAAACAGGUAUUGCGAUUCCACGUCGACAUGGGAAGCAGGCGGAGCAGCCAGAGCAGCAAACAUAUGGAAGUUUAUCGACCUUCCAUGGGGCAGGUGCUUUGGGCACCAGCCCUUUGUCCGCCCUCAAGGCAGUCCGGCCUGCCGGCUCUGAUACUGAUUCGCCCGCCAGUUCAGCGCCUGCGAGCGUUGGACCGGACCCUCCACACUCACUACCGAUUGCCGGCCAGUCCUCGCUGAGUCGGCCUUCCAUAAGAGGGACGGACGGCAUAGUACGACGCACCUCGGUGUCGUUUCAGCCGUUCAAAGCAGGCUCGCUCUCCGGUUCACCGAGGCUUCAGGACCUCGACUUACCCGCCUCGCCUAGUUCCUUGGCAAGACAGUCGGCCGCACUUCAUGCUGCGAGACAGCGCAACUCACUGACGUCAGGCAUGGCGGCCUCACUUCGAGGUGGGCCGCCGGUAGAUAUUGCAGGCAGUGCAUCGCCGAAGCCCACCAGCCGAUACAGCAGCAGCUUCACCCAUCGAAGAGGCAAACCUUCAUAUAGCGGCGCAAACAGGGCCGACGAUGACCAAGGCAGCAGCGGAAAGCAGAGCCUGUCGUCGUCGGUUCAGCCCGGCUCGGGGUUUUUGGCCGAGGCCACAGGAACGAGCUCGGGAUCGGUUCAGACAGACGACGAGAACAUUUCGGAGUUUUUGAAGAUUUUAGACAGCAAAAGGACGCUCCAGAGCUUUGAGCCGACGUCGAAGACGACUGAGGCGGCCACUAAGAGGACGGUGGCCCAGCUAUCCAAGUUCCACAUGAUGAGGGAGAGCAACAACGCUUUGACAGAGUCCAUGACUUCGUCAAUUAAUCUUCAGCCAUCCCCAAGCGCGUCUAAUCGUCAAUUGUCAGGUGUGCCCUUGCUGGGGCCUUCGUCCAUGUCGCCAUCCUCAUCGCCCAAGCCAUUAUCACCCCACACGCCCCAUACACCAGCUGUUCCGUCCAGACUGAGCGAAGCCGCUAUUAUCGAGCAUCACACUCAGGCUCAGGAAAUAGCGGACAGGGCAGCGGCAGAAGACGAUCAUGACUUGGGUGUGGAAGCUUCAACAGCCAGGCGAGAGGGCACAACGGCAAUCGAUAUUCCUCUAUCUCCCCGCGUGCUGCAGACAGCAAAUCGUCGAUCCAGUUCUGUUGCACACCAGCACCGAGCUUUGCUCGACAACGAAGAGCCCGUACCUGACUUGCCCUUUGCUGGUAACCGGAGCAUCAGUCUUGGCGCCGACGGCCGAGAGCCUACGAGGCUGACGGGCCUCGGGCUUUCCAGGGGCUCAAGGAGCUCCGGCAAUAGCGCAUCUCUCCGAUCAGCAGACGUUAGACCUGUGGGUGCGCCACGCUCGUCGUCCAUGUCAACAGACCCAGACGAAAAGAACCCUUCUCCAGCAUUGAUCUCGGGCGGGGCGUCUUCAGGGUCGUCAUGGAAGCCUAGGUUCACUGGCAGUCUGGGCAGGGGACAGCAGCAGCAACCGCAACAGCAGCGCCUCACUCCUCCGCAUUCAUCGCGGGGGAGCUUUUCGGGAUCCAACGCGGGCGGGCGGUAUGGCGGUAGUGGCUCGCGGGGUGCAGGCGAUAGUGCCGAGGCGGACGACGAGCCAUUCAUGUUCACCAUGUCGGAGAUUGAACGGCAUGGCCAGGGGCGGACUAGUCUGGACGAGGCCCGGUCAGGCGGUGAAGGAAGCAGUGCCAUCGAGUCUGGGGAGAAGAUCCGAGGUGGUCGUUAUGAAGCUCGUGGAAUCACAAGGCGAGGCUGGUGA